AUGAUCAGACAAGUUAAUAAAACAAUGAAUAAAAUAAUGAUCCCCAAAAUCAAAAUUUAUACAAAUGAGAAUGAAGAAUUUUUAGAAAAUUCCUAAGAAAAUUUAGAAAAUAUUAAUGAAGAAUCAUUCGAAGAUAAUAAUGAAGAAAAUGAAGAAGAUAUCGAAGAAGAUCAUGAAUAUUAAUAAGAGAUAGAUUACUAAGAAAGUAGUGAAUAAAAAUAAAAUCAAGAAUACUCUAAAGAGGAAUAAAGCUGGGAUUAAAUAGAAGAUAUAGAAGGUUCUUCUACAAAUAAUAAAAAGUAGAAAUUAAAAUGA